UAUAUCUUGCACCUUCUUCACCUUUCUGUAUAUAUUGGUACUGCCCAGCGUGCAUCGAGCCACCUAAUCGUUACAUAACCUGUACAACCUCUCGAUGGAGUAUUCGUCUGAUGAUAUCGCAGCAGCGAGGAGCUUGCAGCUCGCUGCGUACAUAUAUGCGUCGAUGGCUACAUUUUGGGUCUAUGAUUAUACAUGUUCACUUCAUGAAGAGUGGACAUUUUUACUUCGAUCGCACUGGAGCAAGGUAAAAGGCUUGUAUGUUGUUACGCGAUACCUCCCCUUUAUCAUUCUCACCACGAGUCUAUAUCUGGGCUUUACGCCGGAUGGGAACCAAGGUAAAUGCCGAGUGUUUUACAAUAUUAACACAGGCUUUUGUAUAGUAUCAGUCAUUUGCUCCGAAUGCUUUUUCAUCAUCAGAACAUAUGCGCUUUGGAACAAGAAUAAAAUCUUACUAGCAGCCGUGCUGUCUGCCUUUUGCAUUUUUCUCGCAGCAUCCUUCAGCAUUAGCUUCGCCACCUAGUGUCCCCGCAACAUAUGCAACUAGCGCGGUCCUGGGCAUCACAGGGUGCUACCACAGCUCGACUAG